CCACCGCUUCUUCCCCUUCUCUCUCUCUCUCUCGGGUCGUGGAUCUGUGGGUGGGGCUACGAUUAGGGUGCUCGGGGAAGGAGGACGCGGUUCGUGGACGGAAAAGGAGCUGCGAGGGUGACGAUCGAUCAUGGAAUCCGAUGCGUGGAGCCGAUUGUCACCGGCCGCAUCGAAGCGCCACCAGACCGCGCCCCAUUCGCGAUACGCCGACGCGUCUCGGGAUCUCAGCCUUCGCGGCUGGAGAGAUUUGUAUCUUGGGUUCGAGGAGUUAGAUGGAGGCGAGGAUGACCCGCGCGCGGAGUUCCCUUGCCCGUUCUGUUCUGAGGAUUUCGAUAUCGUCGGGCUUUGCUGCCAUAUCGAUGAUGAGCACCCCGUGGAGGCUAAGAAUGGGGUAUGUCCUGUCUGCGCAGCUAGCGUGGGGCUUGACUUGGUUGGUCAUUUGACAACACAACAUGGGAGCUUUUUCAAGAUGCAGCGUAGGAGAAAAUGCCGCAGAGGAUCAUUUGCACCCCGUACUAUGCUUUCUCUGUUGAGAAAGGACCUGAGAGACGGCAAUCUGCAAGCUCUUCUAGGGGGAUCUUCCUAUGGGGCUCCUCCUCCUCCUACGGCAACACCUGAUCCGUUUAUAUCAUCGCUAAUUUAUACUUUGCCUUUGGAUGAGUCUUUGAAAGAUGCACGACCAGAAUCUUUUGAUGAAGGAACACUUGUCAGCAAGAGUUCAGAUGAAAAAGUGGUUGAUAGGAUUGAACCGUCUCUGUCAGACAAGGAUCAGAAAGAGAGGGCUCAGAGGAGCGAAUUCGUGCAGGGGCUUGUGCUGUCUACUAUCUUUGACGACGCAUUGUAAGCCAUGCUUUUGCCAUCUAGUGGCGGCCGGAAUGCUUGAGGGAAACAGAAGAGAUCAUCAGCGGGUGGCAUUUCUUUCCUAUGGAAGGGUUCCAAAUUAGUACUUAAAUUGUCUUACUAGGGGAGAGCGAAGAGCAUAAAUUGUAUUAUGCAUGUUAACUUAGUACAUGUUUUUAGGAGUGAAUGUUUGAACUAUCAUAUACUAUGGGCAGCAACACCUACUUAUAGUGGGAGACUGCUUUAGCAUUUUUCUGCCA